AUGAUCUCAACGAGUCAAUCCCCUGAUCUUAACUCAACCUCUUCUAGACGCGCUAGUGGUAGUAGCGGUCAUCAGGCCAACAGAACCUCACAAAAUGUCACUGAGAGUAUGUAUUCACCACCAGAACCGGCAACUAGUGAAAACAGUCCAUGUAAGGUUUCGGGUGCCCAUGGUGGUACUAAUAUUGAUUCUUCACCUAAUUUUACACAAGCUCUUGAGAAGGGAGAGAGAAGCGAAGGGCAAAGGCACGCAUUUCAUCCCAGACGUGGUUCUUGUCAUCGUCAUGGGGCUAUCAGUAGUAGUCAUCGUGGGAGUACAUCUUCCACCUUUGUUGAAUCUGAACAAGAGUUUGAUUAUGUACUUGGUGUUGUGAAUCCCGCCUCUGGUGAGUGUAAUGCGGCACAGUAUGUACUUCGUUCUAUGCGCAUGUUAUUAGGUGGAGAUCGUGUGAUAAUAUUAGAAGAUUCACUCUUUGCAAAUCCAGCACCUCUGCAUGAGGCGAUACGCAAUCAUGCAGUACGUUUUAUUCGAGAUGGAAACACUACAAGAGGAACCACAACAGGGAAUAUUAACGGAAAUAGUAAUAGUAAUAAUAGUGGUAGUAGUAGUAGUGAUAACCAUAAAAAGAAAAAUCAUAAUAAUAUUAACAACAACAACAACAACAACAACAGGAAUGGAACCAUUAAUAUAGGGAGUUCGAGGAAUGUCUUCAGUGGAGUUGAAAAACGAGGUACCAUCAUUGUCUCUGGUGGUGAUGGUACCGUUUCUUUUGUAAUGGAACAAUUAGAUGUAGUACGUGAUUUAAUUGAAAAAAGUAUCUUGACAUCUAAAGAAGAAGAAGAAGAGAGUGAACCUUAUCAAACAGGUUUAAUGAAUGGUAGAGGAGGAAUGGGAAUGCAGUUUAUACUUCCUGCAGUAGCGGUUCUUGCACUUGGUACAGGUAAUGAUUAUUCAAACUGUGUGGGCUUUGGUGGGGGAUAUACACAGUAUAAAGUCUCUGGACUCUGCUGUUGUGUGGAAAAUCCAAUUGAGCCUCUUAUUCGUGAUGCUAUUAGUGCCCCUGCAGUUCCCUUUGAUCGCUGGGUGGCACAACUCGCACCUCUUUCAGCCAUUUGGGAACAACAAAGACAACAACAACAACAAAAAAAAAAAAAGAAAACAACAAAAAAAGAUGGAAAAGGAGAAUCUAAUGUUGGAAUAAGUAGGGUUGAAGGAGAGAUGAAAUUGGAUACUUACGCUAUCGAUUGGAAUGCUUUAUAUAGUUCAGGGAAAUGUUUAAAUUAUCAUUUUAUCAAUUACUUUAGUAUUGGAUUUGAUGCCUAUGUAUUGCAGAAGUUUGAUAGCUUUAGGAAACGACAUCCACGGUUUUGUAGAACACGAUGGAAUAAUAAACUUGUGUAUGGAAUGUAUGGAUUGAAGGCUGCUUUUAGAUGUACAUCGCUGCGAUCAUCUAUUCCCGCUAUUUGUGUUCCCCAACUACUGCAAAAGACUAAUAAUAAUAAUAAUAAUAAUAAU